AUGAUAGCGAUACUCGUUUUGAUCCGAGUAACGCUGGAUGACCAUGCUGUCAACUGUUACUUAUCUUCUUAUUCUUUGAUUUUAAAUCCAUUUGUUCUUUCUCUCAUUUCUAUAUCUAUCUAUCUAUCUAUCUAUCUAUCUAUCUAUCUCAGUAUAUGUGCGUAUACGUUUUUUUUAUCAUAUCUAUAUCAACAUCUAUCUAUCUAUAUCUAUCUAUCUAUCUAUCUAUCUAUCUAUCUAUCUAUCUAUCUGUGUUCAAAUUUGAAUAUCUAUCUAUCUAUCUAUCUAUCUAUCUCAGGCCGUUCUUAUCUGUCCUUAUAUCUAUCUUCCUCCUGUUCAUAUCUAUCUAUCUAUCUAUCUAUCUAUCUAUCUAUCUAUCUAUCUAUCUCAGGCCGUUCUUAUCUGUCCUUAUAUCUAUCUUCCUCCUGUUCAUAUCUAUCUAUCUAUCUAUCUAUCUAUCUAUCUAUCUAUCUAUCUAUCUAUCUCAGGCCGUUCUUAUCUGUCCUUAUAUCUAUCUUCCUCCUGUUCAUAUCUAUCUAUCUAUCUAUCUAUCUAUCUAUCUAUCUAUCUAUCUAUCUAUCUAUCUAUCUCAGGCCGUUCUUAUCUGUCCUUAUAUAUAUCUUCCUCCUGUUCAUAUUCAUCUAUCUAUCUAUCUAUCUAUCUAUCUAUCUAUCUAUCUAUCUCAGGCCGUUCUUAUCUGUCCUUAUAUCUAUCUUCCUCCUGUUCAUAUCAUUCAUCUAUCUAUCUAUCAAUCUAUAUCUAUCUAUCUAUCUAUCUAUCUAUCUAUCUCAGGCCGUUCUUAUCUGUCCUUAUAUAUCUCUUCCUCCUGUUCAUAUCUAUCUAUCUAUCUAUCUAUCUAUCUAUCUAUCUAUCUAUCUCAGGCCGUUCUUAUCUGUAUAUAUCUAUCUUCCCCCUGUUCAUAUCUAUCUAUCUAUCUAUCAUCUAUUCAUCUAUCCAUUCAUUCAUCUAUCUCAGGCCGUUUUUAUCAUCGAUAUAUCUAUCUGGAAUCCUGUUCAUAUCUAUCUAUCUAUCUCAGGCCGUUCUUAUCUGUCCUUUAUAUCUAUCUUCCUCCUGUUCAUAUUAUCCAUUCAUCUAUUCCAUCUAUCUAUCUAUCUAUUCAUCUAUCUAUCUAUCCAGGCCGUUCUUAUCUGUCCUUAUAUCUAUCUUCCUCCUGUUCAUAUCUAUCUAUCUAUCUAUCUAUCUAUCUAUCUAUCUAUCUAUCUAUCUAUCUAUCUGUUCAAAUCUAUCUCAGGCCGUUCUUAUCUGUCUAUAUAUCUAUCUCGCUCCUACAUUUUUAUGUGUAUACAUUCUUUUUUUCUUCUAUUUCUUUCCUUGUCUCUUUCUUUUCUCUGUUUUUACUGGUCUUUCUCCCAUCUUUUUCUUCUUUCCUCCUUUUCCUUUCGUUUUUUCAUUUCCCCUUUUUGCUUUUUUGUCAUUUUCUCUUAUUUUCAUUUUCUUUCUUUUCUUUCUUUCUUUCUUUUUCUUUCUUUCUUUCUUUCUUUCUAA